GCACGUAGAGGGGUGUCUUCUAAUCAGGACGCGGAGAACGUCUCUGGAGGGCAGCCGCCAUGCCGUCCAUUGGCUUCUACCGCAACUAUGGCAAGACCUUCAAGAAGCCGCGGCGCCCGUUUGAGAAGGAGCGGCUGGAUGCCGAGCUGAAGGUGGUGGGCGAGUUUGGGCUGCGCAACAAGCGCGAGCUGUGGCGCGUGCAGAUGGUGCUGUCCAAGCUGCGCGCCCGCGCCCGCGACCUGCUCACCCUGGACGAGAAGGACCCCAAGCGCCUGUUUGAGGGCGAGGCCCUGCUGCGCCGCAUGUACCGCUACGGCUUCCUGGAUGAGAGCCAGAACAAGCUGGAUUACGUGCUGGCGCUGACGCCCGCAGACGUGCUGGAGCGCCGCCUGCAGACGCUUGUGUUCAAGCUCGGCCUGGCCAAGAGCAUCCACCACGCGCGCGUGCUCAUCCGCCAGCGCCACAUCCGCGUGGGCAAGCAGAUUGUCAACAUCCCCUCCUUCAUGGUCCGCGUGGACAGCCAGAAGCACAUUGACUUUGCGCUCAACUCGCCCUUUGGCGGCGGCCGCCCCGGCCGCGUGAAGCGGAAGAGCCAGGCGUCCAAGGGCGGCGGCGGCGACGGCGAGGACGAGGAGUAG